GCAUCCUCGCGACUCCCGUAGACCGUUGUUGAUUGUUUAAAACACGAUCAGGAUAUUUGAUGCGGCGCUUCGUUCGGACGAAAGGACAACAGGGGUAUAGGCUACAUCAUUGCAAAGGUCUCGUGUGUUAAUUACAAAGAUGUCUUCCUCGAAGCAUAUAAGCUGUGAUGGACAUUUUGACUUCCUUAUGAACAUGCUUGUAAAGCAACGAAACAGUGGAGAUUAUUGUGAUGUCACACUGGUAGCAGAAGGUCAAAAAUUUCCAGCACAUCGAGCAAUUUUAGCAGCGAGUAGCAAAUAUUUCGACACUAUGUUCAAAAGUCAGAUGAAAGAGAAAUUUGAAAAAGAAAUAAAAAUAAAAGAAGUGGCAAAGAUUGCAAUGGAACAAGUUAUCGCUUUCAUUUAUACGAACAAAGUUUUAUUGUCAGAGGAAAAUAUUGAUGAAGUUUUGCAUGCAGCUUUACUGAUGCAAGUACAAGAUCUACUUGCAUUAGUAAUCAAAUAUCUCUCGGAUGAAAUAUCUCCAAUGAAUUGUUUGCAUUACCAUCAACUUGGUAAGUUGUAUUCUCUCAGUGAUCUUGUAUCGGAAUGUGAUCCGUGCAUUCGUAAUAAUUUCGAUCAAGUUUCAUCUAAAGAAGAGUUGUUGGGCAUUGAUGAAGUUGAAAUGGAGAAAUUGAUUUCUUCUGAUGAAUUGGUGGUAGAGUCAGAGGAAGUUGUUUAUGAGUGUUUGGUUGGUUGGGUGAAACAUGAUUUGCAUACAAGGAAACAAUAUUUCCCAACGUUGUUCAAACAUCUACGAUUGCAAUACGUGGGAGUUGAUUAUUUAUCCAAGAAUAUCAGAAAAGAGGAACUUGUUCGUGAAUUUCUUGAUUGUAGGGAUUUGGUUGAAGAUUCUUUUUAUUUUCAUAUUAAACCAGAUAUGUUUGAGAAACAGAAACAAAGAAAACGUUGCUACCCGUGCCAAGAUAUCACAUUUGUUCCAAACGGGCAACAAAAGAUAGCAUGCUUCAAUGUGAGUGAACAGACCUGGUCAACACUUAAUGUUUGUGGUGAACCUAUGCAACAUGUUAUGUUUAUUGUUCAUGAUGAGAUGGUGUAUUGCUUUGGUUACAUCGGUGAAUAUAGCUUUUUUUAUGAAACCAAUAUUUCAAAACGUUUCAAUGGCAUUGAAUGGGAAAACCUUGCACCGAUGAUAAACUGUCCUUAUGAAGCAGCUGUUGCUUCAAUACAAGGUGGAAUAUUUGUGUUUGGUGGCCUUUUAAAAGAAGCUCAAAGUAAUGUGGCCUACGCUACAAACCGCAUCUCUAAAUACAAUCCUACCAACAACACAUGGGAAGACGUUGGGCAGACUAAUACUUUACUAAGCAAAGCAACUGCGGUUGGUGUUGGAAAUGUUGCGUAUAUUUGUGGCGGUCAUGAACAGGCAAACGGUGGACCAAGAAUCCUUCGUGGCGGUCAUGAACAGGCAAACGGUGGACAAAGAAACCUUCGUGGCGGUUAUGAACAGGCAAACGGUGGACAAAGAAACCUUCGUGGCGGUUAUGAACAGGCAAACGGUGGACAAAGAAUCCUUCGUGGCGGUUAUGAACAGGCAAACGGUGGACAAAGAAUCCUUCGUGGCGGUUAUGAACAGGCAAACGGUGGACAAAGAAUCCUUCGUGGCGGUUAUGAACAGGCAAACGGUAGACCAAGAAGAAAAAUGGAGUUUCAAAAUUAUAAUCGGGAAACCGUUUGCGAUUUUGUUUCCUCGAAUGUGCACACUCGUGGGGGAUCUGAACAUGCAAAGGCUGUACAAAGAAACUUACUACCAGAUAUGUGGUAUGGUGGAGGUGGACAGGUUAAUGAUGAACAAUUAAACUCAACAACAGGUUUGCU